AUGAUUCUCCCCUCAACCAAGCCCGGGGACAACAAAGUGCAAAUUUCAUCUGGCAUUUAAAUAGAUUAAGAUAUGGAUGAAUGGAGCAUUAAGUCAGACCCAGGACACAAAAUAAGGCCUAACCUUAUCAAAACUUAAGGUGAUUCAUUGACAGCUAAGGUUUCACUAACUGACUGUCUAGCUUGCAGUGGUUGUGUAACUUCAGCUGAAACUGUUCUUAUUCAGAAGCACAGCACUGAAUAGUUCAUGAAACUAUUUGAUCCUUCUAAUUUUGUUGUUGUAGCAAUUUCCCCUUAAAGUCUAGCCUCUCUCUCUUUAUUCUAUAACUAACAUAACGAGGUCGAAACUUUCUAAAAAUUGUAGACAGUAUUCACACAGCUGAGUGCAUCAAUGGUUAUUGACCUCUCAAUGUUCAACUUGUUAACCCUCUAAAUGAGUUAUGAUGAAUUCAAAGAAUAAUUCACACAGAGUGAAAAGUAUAAUAAGAUUAAAAGUUCAUUAGGAUAAUCAGAUAUAAAUUAGUAAUAGUAGACUAAGCAACCGAAAAAGGUAUUCACAUAAAGUAAAUAGGAACCAGGAAUUCCAAUUUUAUCUUCGGAGUGCCCUGGCUGGGUGUGCUAUGCUGAAAAAGUCGUUGGAGAUUAAGCAUUUCCAUUUAUGAGUAAGGUAAAAUCUCCAUAGCAACUUUGUGGAUGCUUGCUUAAGCAUUACAUUUCACUUAAGAACAAGAUAUCUCCAGACAGAGUCAAGAUUGUGACAGUCAUGCCUUGCUACGAUAAAAAACUAGAAGCAGUGAGACCCAAUUUUACAUUAAGAGAAGAUGUUGGGCAAGAGAAUCCUGACUAAGAGAUCAAGGAAGUUGACACAGUCUUAGCAACCCAUGAAUUGGUAGAUUUAAUAAAUACCUAUCAUCCAGAUUUCAACAAGAUAGAUUUAUAUAAAUGGGUCAAAUAGGAGGAUUUCCUCAUGAAAGGAAGCCCUUCAGGUUGGGGUUUCAUGGAACUUAUGGAAUAAUUUGUUGACUUCUGUUAAGAUGUUAAGAAACUGCAUACCAUUGCAGUGCUAAAUAUGACAUCUAAUGGAUAUUUAGAGUAUAUCUUUAGGAGAGCUGCAAAGGAAAUAUUCUCUAUUAAUAUCGAUCCUAGUUAGCCUUUAGAAUACCAAUAAGGCAAAAAUAAAGAUCUGAAGGAGUGUGUUUUAAAUGUAGAGGGAGAAACAGUAUUAAAGUUCUCAGCUGCAUACGGCUUCAGAAAUAUUUAGAACGUAAUAAGAAACAUUAAAAGAGCCAAAUGUGAGUACGAUUAUGUAGAGAUAAUGGCCUGCCCAGGAGGCUGUCUGAACGGUGGAGGAUAGAUUAAGCCUGCUCAAAUGAAUAUGAGUCCAAAAGAUCUGCUAGAAAACCUAGAACAUCAAAUUAAGAAUAUGGAGUAUAGAGAAUUAGUGCCGAACCCAGAAGAGAACAGAAAUAUUUACUAAUUAAUUCAGAUGAUGAGUCUGACUUACAGAGACUGGGAGAAAACAUCCUUCAAAGCAGUUGAAAAAGAAAUCACUCAUAAUAUAAAGUGGUGA